GGGGACGUCGUCUAUCUGGACGUCUUCGGGCAACCGACCAUCAUCAUCGACUCAUAUGAUGCCGCGGUAGCGAUCCUAGAAAAGCGCUCUUCCAACACUUCUGACAGGCCACACUUCGUUAUGGGGGAACUAGUCGGCCUGACGUUUCAAUUCGCCCUCAAGGGUUACUCGGACUCUUGGAGACAGGGCCGACGACUGUUUCACAGUUACUUCCAUCAGGGUGUGGUCUCCCAGUUCAGACCGAUUCAUCUUCGG